ACAGCCAAAUAAAAUAUUGAAAACAAACGAUUCAACCCAAUUAUAAUAUAAAAUAUUUUAUAUAUUUUAUAUUCUACAACGUUUCAGUUAAAACAUGAAUGUAGAUCUAAACCUAUGUCAAACGUGUUUAAGUCGCGACCGCCUUUUAUACCCAUUGAAAAAUUUUGAACUUUGUCUUAGCGAUAUGAAUAUUCCCAUUAAUAUUUACGAGCACAACGCCGGUGUUUGCUGGGAAUGCAAAGCUGUUUUGAUGAAGUUCGCUAAGUUUAAACUACAAGUAAUUGAAGCGCAGAAGUUGAUAACAUCUAAUACAGAGAAGAAUACUUUAAGUACCCUACAUAGCACCACAAAAUGUUUAUAUGACUGCAUUUAUAAUUAUGAAACAAACAUUGAUUCCAAUACAGACAUAAAGAUUAAAUCCAUUAAAGAAGAAAUUCUAGAAAACUCGGAAGACAAAAAAGACUAUAAUGAAUUGAAAUACAAAGAUAACGAAAACUGUGAUGAAAUAAAUUAUACUAAUAUUCAUUUAUUAAGCGCGAACAAAUCAAAAAUUAAUUUAAGCAAAGAUUUCAAUAAUAAAAAAUAUCAUUUGAAAUCUAAAUGCAAAUCGACAAAACUUUCAAUAGAUAGUACAAAAGUAAGAGAUAAAAUUGAGACGAUAACAUUCACAGAGGAUGAAAUGAUAAAGAAUAGAGAACAGAAGAGAAAUCAACCGAAUUACAAGAAGAUACCGUACAAAUGUGAUUAUUGCGUUCUUGGUUUCACGAGGAAGGAGACCUACAUUUUACACAACAAGAAAAAACAUGAUGAGUCCAUCGGCCCUCACGGAUGUGACGUUUGUUCAGUGCGUUUCGCAACCACAAAUUUGCUUGUAAGCCACCGUCAAAGACAUUACACUUUAUACAAGUGUGUGUUGUGCAAAUAUGAAGCAACGCUGCUCAAAGCGGCCAUCAACCACUGUGUUAUAAAGCACGAUAAGGAUGAACAGGGACUUAUACACUGUGCUCAGUGCUCUGCGACAGUUGAGACAGCCGACGAAUUAGCAGCGCAUAUGAAUACAAAUCACAUGUUGAAAUGCAAUCAGUGCGGAGAGAAGUUUAAAGGGAAACAUACCUUAAGGACGCAUUAUAUACGUAUCCAUUCAUCGAAUCGUGCGUUUACAUGCGACGUUUGUUCAAAAACGUUCAAGACGAAAUCUCGCCUCGAAUCUCACAUCACUUCUCACAACAACACUCUCGCUAAGAAGUUAGCAUAUUGCUCUAUAUGUAAAGUUCAAUAUAAAAAUAUAUACGUUUAUAGAAACCAUUUGAAGAACAGCGCGAAUCAUUCCGAGAGACUUUACCACUGCGAAGAUUGUAACAAGAGAUUCGCGUCUAAAGUGUACUGGCAAAAACACUGUGACUUCUACCACUUGCAUAAGUCUGCGUUUAAAUGUGAUCUGUGUAAUAAGCUCUUCAUGUCUGAUUGGCGUUUGAAGAACCACAGACAGAAGCACCACGGACUCAGUCGGUCUAGAGAUCAUAUAUGUAACAUAUGCGGAAAGAAAUUCUAUACACUUUCAACGCUCCGAGGUCACCAGUUGACACAUUCAGAGGAACGGACCUAUAUGUGUGAAGACUGCGGUGACACGUUCAAGCAAAGACCCGCCCUGUAUACACACACGAAACUCGUUCAUAGAGGCGUUAAACGAAUAAAACAAAAUUAAUAAAAUAAUAUAUCAAUAUU